AUGUCAAGCGGUUUCGCCAGCAAUGUUCAAGUCAGAGCCCAAGAGGUUGCAAAAGAGGAUUACGAAAGAGCAAAGGUUCUAUUAUCCGAUGCAGCUAGAAGCGGUGCCUAUUUAUAUCCCUUCAAGGGCAUUGUCUACUUCAUAACACAUAAGUCAUUAUGGAAGCCGUUCUAUUCUCGAAUCCUACCGACUUUGGGGCUCACAGCAACUGUAUUAGCUUCUAUGUUCUUUUUCGCGUACCUACCACAACUUGCAAUUCUUAUCUUCGUCAACGGGCCUUUAGCCGUCUUCACGACGAUACUUCUUAUACUAAACGAAAGCUCCACAAUAAUCAACAUCGUCUCCCGCAAUUUCCUCCUACAAGAUGUUUUACUUGAUACGUUUGAUGGUACACUAGUCGCGAGGAAUGCGAAUGAUAUUGUUAGCAAAGGGAGACAAUUGAAAUCUGGCAGUGAUCCUAUCUCGAGAUUAGGCAAGAUCAUAAAAAGCCCCUUUUCGAAAUUUACCCCCAAAGCUUUAAUCAGAUAUGUCAUAUAUCUUCCCCUCAACUUCAUCCCAGUCGUCGGCACGAUAAUAUUUAUACUUCUUCAAGGUCGGGCGAGAGGUAGCUCUGUUCAUGGCCGGUAUUUUCAACUUAAAGGGUGGUCCUCGUCCGAGCAGCGAGAUUGGCUUGCACGCCAUACAGCUCCGUACACAACCUUUGGAACGAUAGCAACCCUUCUCGAGAUGGUUCCUAUACUCUCUAUGUUUUUUGCAUUCACUAAUACUGUGGGGGCUGCUCUCUGGGCUGCCGAUAUUGAGGAGAGAAACACAAAUAUGACCCAGGGAACGGCCCCUAACUUACGGGAGUCUGUGAAGAAAGCCGAGUAG